UGUAACUUUAGUUUUAAAAAAAUAUUGUGCCUUUUCAGGUUUGAAUUGUUGAAAUCUGUAAAUCUGUUUCCCGCUGAUCUGCUAAUUUAUUACAAAACAAAUCAUAUUUUUUAAGAUGGCUAAAGCUCCAGCAGUCGGUAUUGAUCUUGGAACCACUUAUUCCUGUGUCGGAGUUUUCCAGCAUGGUAAGGUGGAGAUCAUCGCCAAUGACAUGGGAAACCGCACAACACCUUCAUACGUAGCUUUCACAGACACCGAGAGGUUGAUUGGAGAUGCUGCCAAGAACCAGGUCGCCAUGAACCCGUCCAACACCGUCUUCGACGCGAAGCGACUGAUUGGUCGAAAGUUUGAUGACCCAGUUGUUCAGAAGGAUGCCAAGCACUGGCCCUUCACGGUUGUCGAAGAAGCCACGAAGCCUAAAAUUGAAGUUGAAUUUAAAGGUGAGAAAAAGACCUUCUCUCCCGAGGAAAUCUCAUCGAUGGUUUUAACAAAAAUGAAGGAAACAGCCGAGGCCUACCUUGGACUUAAGGUGACGGAUGCAGUCGUAACUGUACCCGCGUAUUUUAAUGACUCUCAACGACAGGCCACAAAAGAUGCUGGAACCAUCUGUGGUUUGAAUGUACUGAGAAUUAUUAACGAACCAACUGCGGCUGCUAUUGCAUACGGUCUUGACAAGAAAAAGGACGGAGACUCCGAAAAGCACGUCCUGAUCUUCGAUUUGGGAGGUGGAACCUUCGAUGUGUCCGUUCUGGCCAUUGACGAUGGUAUCUUUGAAGUGAAAUCUACCGCGGGAGACACUCAUUUGGGUGGUGAAGAUUUCGACAACAUCUUGGUCGACCAUCUCAAACUUGAGUUCAAGAGGAAACACUCUAAAGAUAUCUCGACGAACAAAAGAGCAAUGAGAAGGUUGAGAACUACAUGCGAACGAGCCAAGAGAACUCUCUCCUCAAGCAGCGAAGCAAGCAUUGAGAUCGAUUCACUGUUCGAGGGUAUCGAUUUCUACACCAAGAUUACUCGAGCUAGGUUCGAGGACUUGUGCAACUCUCUUUUUAAGGAUACACUGAAGCCUGUUGCUGAGGCCAUCAAAGAAUCCAAGGUUUCGAAGGGAGAAAUCCACGAGGUUGUCUUGGUAGGAGGAUCUACUCGAAUUCCUAAGAUCCAGAAGAUGCUGCAAGAGUUCUUCGGAGGUAAAGAGCUGAACAAGAGCAUCAACCCGGACGAGGCUGUUGCAUACGGAGCAGCAGUCCAAGCUGCGAUUCUGUCCGGAAGCAAAGACGAAGCUGUGCAGGAUCUGCUGUUGCUGGAUGUGGCUCCUCUUUCUCUGGGAAUUGAGACUGCAGGUGGUGUUAUGACAUCCUUGAUCAAGCGUAACACAACCAUCCCAUCCAAAUACACUGAGAAAUUCACUACCUACUCGGAUAAUCAGCCAGGUGUGUUGAUCCAAGUGUACGAGGGUGAGCGUGCAAUGACCCGAGAUAAUAAUUUGCUCGGAAAGUUUGAAUUGACUGGUAUUCCGCCAGCGCCUCGUGGUGUUCCUCAAAUCGAAGUCACCUUUGAUAUUGACGCUAACGGAAUCUUGAACGUGACUGCCGCUGACUCAAGCACCGGAAAGUCUAACAAGAUCACCAUCACUAACGAUAAAGGAAGGUUAUCUCAGGAAGAAAUCGAGAAGAUGGUAAAUGAUGCUGAGAAGUUCAAGUCUCAGGAUGACGCAGAGAAGGCAAGAAUCACCGCGAAGAACGGACUCGAGAGCUAUGUUUUCCAGGCUAAGUCAACUUUGGAAGAGGAAAAGUUGAAAGACAAGUUCUCAGAAGAGGACAAAAAAGCAAUUAGCGACAAGGCGGAUGAAGUAAUGAAGUGGCUCGAUGCUAAUCCGUCAGCAGAAAAAGAUGAGUUCGAUCAUCAGCAGAAGGAGUUUGAGAAAAUCUUCAAUCCGAUCAUCUCAAAGGUUUAUCAAGCUGCGGGUGGCGCACCUGGUGGAGCGCCAGGAGGCAUGCCUGGUUUCCCUGGCGGAUUCCCAGGAGCUGGAGCUCCGACUGGAGAUGGUGGCAGUGGUGCUGGAGGCCCUACCAUUGAAGAAGUCGACUAAACUAAAACUCAUUUGCUUUCAUUCUGAAUUGAGUUUGUACCCAAGUAUCCCGAUUUUCAAGAACGCGAAAUUCAAAGCUGAAUACUUUCAA